AUGCCAUUCCCCUUCACACUCCCAACAACCAGCUCCGUCCUGCUAUCCGACUACUUCGACAGCGUAACACAUCCCUCACUCCCACUAUCCGCAACAACACGUCGCAGCGUCCUAAAGGAUGCCCUCAAAAAGCACAAACGGCUCCCGCCCCAAGCCCAAGCCACAAACCUCUCCACCGUGCAGGACGCAGUAGCCAGCUACCUCCCAUACCUCCUGGCCCUAAACACUGGCUCCGGCUACCGCGACAUCGGACCGGAAAAGUUAGAUGUCGAAGUGAAGAAACCACUCGAGACCGAAUGGCGGAGCACGCUCUCUGCUGCGCUCCCUGGACGGGAAAAUCCUCGUCCGAAACUGGUAGGUCUGCAUCAUGAGGCUGCUUUUACGCUGUCGACGUUGGCGUAUGUGCAUUCGCUGCUUGCGAGGGCGCAGAUGCGGAUGUUGUUUGGUGGGGCGGUGUUGUCGGCGGAGCAGCGGACGGGGACGAUUGGAGCGGCGAUGAAGCAUUUACUUGAUGCGUAUGCUAUACAUACGUACCUCCUAUCGCUCCCUUCAAUUUCUGCUGCUAAGGAUGCGCCGGUUGAUAUCCAGCCUUCGACCAUAUCGGCGUUGGCUUCGUUGGUACUGGCGGAGGCGACGAUUAUCGUUGUGGCGAAAGACGACCCUUACACAGCUGCAGUCGCCGACGAUAGGAAUGAGGGGAACACGGAUUGGAUGUUCAAAGCGCCCUCGAUCCCCAAAGUGCGAGCUCACCUGUUCGCGAGGAUAUGUCUCGCCGCUGGAGAACACGCAACCAACGCACACGGCCUCCUCGCCCGCGGCAGCGGCGGCAAAAUCGAUGAAGAUCUGAUUAAAUACGCCAGCGACUUACGCCGCACUGCUCGCGGCAAGGCAGCACGCUUUCUAGCCAUCGACUCCGAGCUCUCAGGAAAAACCGGCGAAGGCCUAGCCUGGCUAAAAGGCGCGAAAAAAGAACUCAACCUCGCCGCCGACCUAGAAGACGGCAAACGCAAAGGCCUACGAGGCCUCAAACAAACCUGGCAAGAACGUCGCGAAGACCGUAAAGUCUCCAAGGGCGGCGAAUGGGGCAUGGAUGCAGGCCGUUUCGAAGAGGCUAGAGUCGUGGAGAUGCUUGAGAACAAGUGGGAUAAGGAGAAUAGCACGAUUAACGUGCAGCUAGUCCCGCCUUUCGAGCCUUUGCUGGCGAAUAUGCCCUCGGGGAGGGAGUAUCAUACGCCACAGCCGUACGUGCCGCCGACGUUGGAUCAGGAUGUGUUUGUGAGGAUGAGGGCGCCGCCGGAGCCGGAGGAGGCGGUGUUUAGGGGGGAGGAGGAGGAUAGUGGGGAUGAGGAGGGGUAUGGUGGUGUGGUGGAGCCUGUUGGGGCGUUUCCUGGGACGGGGGAAGAGUAUGGACGUAGUGGUACGAGCAAUAGUUACUACUGA